CAAACAGCUGUGUUUAUGCUGCAAAGAGUUACAGAAAGCUACAGAAAAAAAGCUAUUCUUAUAAACUGUACACUAGUAUUUUUUCUUUAAUACUAGGUAAUACAUAUCGAGUAGAAAUGGCAUCGAUGGUUCAGUUCGGUCGACGAAGAGGCUCCAGUAAGAGAGGGUCUUCAGCUGAGUCAGCCAGCAGGAUGAUCCAGCCACCAGACCUCCGACAAGUCACUGUCUUAACCAAGAGUGAAUGGCUGAGGAUUCAAGAUGAAUUGAACCGGGUUAAUAAAGACAAGGAGAGUAUGAGAGAGGCAGCAAAACAGAGAGAGGCCCUGCAUUUGCAAUCAAAGGAGGUGGUGAAACUCUGGUCCAAUACCAUCGCUGGACAAAGGCAAAAAAAGCUAGAGGCGAAGAAGAUCCGGGAGGAAAUUGAAGAGGAGAAAAGGAAAUUGGCUGAUAAAGAAGAGGCCAAAUAUCAGGAGCAGCAGCGGAAAGAGGCCAUUGAAAAAGCAAAGACUCAACUAUAUUAUCAAACAGACCGCGUUAAAGGACUACAUCGUGCGCUCUUAUUGACAGAGGUGCUGAAGGAGAGAGACGCUCAGAUUGAACUGAAGCAAAGAAUCAGGAGUGCUUCUAAAGAUGUGGACAAAGUAUUCCUAGAAAGUGCAAAGACCAGUGAGGAGGAGGCCUUGAGACAGGAGCAGGAGAAAACACUUCAGAAAAAGUUGGAGAGACAGGCUGUGGCAGAGGACCUGAAAAACCAGAUGAAAGAAAAUGAGCUGGUGAGAGAGCGACAGAAGAUAGAUAAUAAGAAGGACGGAGAGGAAACCCAACGGCUUCAAGAGCUCUACCAGUGGGAACAAAGAAUGGAGGACCAAAGACAAGCAAAGCUGAAGAGAGAGCUUAUGCACGCUCACCUGGAACAUAUCACCAACAGAGAGCUCAUAAAAGCAACAGACGCACAAAAACAGGAGGCAGAAGAGGAGCAAAGGAAACUUUUUCUCUCUGCAAAACAAAAAAUGAUGAAGUUACGGAAAGACAAAGAAAAGGAGUUGUUUAGAGAGGCUCAGAUGCGCAGAGAGACGAUCAUGAACAAGCUGACCGUCACCCAGCAGCAGCAAACGGACUCUGAGGAGAAGAGGGUUGCAAAGGCAGUCGCUGAGCAGGAUGCAAAACAGGCACAACAGCAGAGGGAGGAGGAGGAGAAGAAGGCUGCAAUGUUGGAGUCGAUCACUGCACACCGAGAGUUAAUGAAACAAGAAAAGGAGCAGAGGGACAAAGCAGCCAAACAGAACAUGCGAGAAACACUUGAGGCCAAGAAAGAAGCUGACCGAAUAUUUUCUGAGAAACAACAGCUGAAAGCUCAGAGGAACAAAGAAGAUGCAAGAAAACUUCAGGACUUCAAUACCACAAGGAUGGCCCAAAAAAGUGCCAAGGAUCAGCAGCUGAGGAGAGACGAACACGAGUUUGAAGUGAAGAACGCAGAGCUUGUUGCCGAGGAAGAAAACCAGUUUCACCAGUAUUCACAGCAGAUCAUUAAAGCAGCAGCAGAGGCUCAGCGAAAUGUGUUCCCACUUUGCAAAGCUGCAGGAGACGGGAUCGGAGGAGGUCCAGUUUUUGGUGGAGUCAGGCCUAGCUACAUCGUUCAGGACACUACCGGGGCUCAAAUGCCCAAAUAUGUCUCUGGUGCCACCCAGAGCAUUAAAAAGCUUAAUGAGGCCGUAGAUAUUCAAGACGCUAAGAGGAGACUUGGAUUUACAUGGUCAUAGGAGAUUCUGCUUUCAAGAGUGUUGAACAUGAUGAAUGUUUUAAUGAUAUCCAUAAGAUGUGUUCACAGAGGCUGUGUCUAAAAUCACUCUCUUUUAUAAUAGUCAAGAGUAAACUGAGAUUUUGAACACUUAAAUAGUAACUUGUAAGGUAAAUGCUGCACAAUUUUAACAUUUAGAAAAUGAUGCAUUGCACUGUGGGGUUAAAAUUGCAUCCAUGGGACAUUGUGGUGGCACAGUUGUUAAAGGCAUCGAGCAUGAACCAUAAUAUAUUUGGUUCCUGUGCAGCCAGGGAGCAUGUUGUGCACAUCUUUCUCCCUCAGUUCCCGCUGCUUCAUGAAUAAAGGUAUGAAAUUGCCCUCAAGAUGUGCAGUGUUCCAAAUCACAUACUUUUUCUUUUUACUUUUAGUACAUACUGCAGCUUAUAUGUGCUGUUUCAUGCACUUCAUCAUAAGAUUUAACCUUAAACUUUCACCCUCUGGCUCAUACAAGUAUAUAUGGUGCAGAGGAUUGUCGGACAAAAUAGCCAGAAAAGCAUGCUGGCUUGCAUACUGCAAAAUGCAUAUGGACGCAGUAGGUCUUCUGAGAGCAAGAUGAAGUUUUCACUCUUACAGUACAAUAUAUAUUGCUUAUAGGGAGUGGUUUUGGACACAUUAUCUGAAUAUUUUGAUCAGAAUGCUCUACCGUUUAUUACAAAUUCCUAUAAUGUUCUUUAUAUUUUGUAGAAUAGUGUGAGAAUCUGCAAGCAUUACAGUGAGACCAAUUACAGACACAAUAGUUAUUUGAAAUAGUUACAACAAAAUGUUUUAUAGAUAUAUUGUAUCAACCAGCCUAAGUAAAGAUGACUAAAAAGGCGGACUCUUGUUAAACACUGGACCAUAUUUCCUGUAAUAAUGUUAUCACUAUUACUGUAACCUUGAUGCACAUGUUUGGACCUGCAGUAGCUAGAUUGCAUUGUGUGAAUUUGCAAAAUAAUAAUAAAAAAGUAAUUAAAAUCAAAGUUGAGCCUUUUAAUUCAUUCACAGCAGUUGAGUUCUUCUUAAAACCAACUUGCACAAAACACAAUUCAUACAAAUUGAUUUUAUGUUGUACUUACAGCAAGACAUUGACAUUUUUUCCAUUCAAAAAACUACAGAGGCAUCUCAAAACUAGUUAAACAGGAUAACAGUACAAGGUCGUAGAUGUACAAAAUAAAAAAGUAAUGGAUGUACACAUUUCACCUAACAAU